CGAAAAUCUAAAAUACCUGUACCAUCCUCACCAUAUACUUCUGAAAGACAAGAAUCACCGGGCUCCUCCUCAUCAGCUUAUAUUUCUGACCAGAAUACACCAAAUGAAACACGUGUAGGAGGACGAGGUUUAUAUCCUGUAUGGAAAUAUUUUCAGCGUCAAAAAACUAAAUCAAAUGGAUAUUACUCAGCAAAGUGUGAUUAUUGCUCAACUAAAUGGUCAAGAGGUGAACCAGUAAAGCUCGAAGCUCAUCUUGCGCUUGAGUGCUCUUAUGUUGAAGAGCAUGUUCGGCAAUUUUAUCUACUUUGUGUAGCCUGUCGUAAUAACUUGGAAGAGCAAUCUGAACAUUCAAAACGACAAAAAUUAAAUAAUCAGCAUGGUCUUACAAAAUUUUUUCCACAAAAAACUGGAGGUGGUUUGUCCGAAGGACGAAGUAAUACCAUAAAUGUUGCAUUAUUAAAAGCUUUUGUGGUGUGUGGUAUUUCAUUUUCUGUAAUUGAAAACCUAUUUUUUAUCAACUUGCUUCAAACUUUGUGCCCGGAAUAUCAACCACCAUCAAGAGAAGUUUUAGCAAGACGAUUAUUGGACCAGGAGUACUCUAAAGUUGUAAUUAAACGUGAGGCUAUUUUUCGUGAAUCAAAUAAUCUAACUAUUG